AUGACCAUCAUUCUGACUUAUUGUAUAGAAUUGUUUUCAUAUUUUUAUUGUUCACCAACUUCCACUACUACAACUCCUUCAACCUCGGUAGAAGAAAAUGAAAAAGAUGAAAAUAUUAAAGAUAAAAAUAAUAAAUAUUAUUUAGAAUUAAAUGAUUCAACAACUACUAAACCAACUAGAAAGGAAUCAUAUGAAUUUUAUAUCUCUGACUCUGAAGAUGUAACGAAAAAUCAAAUAAAGAUAUUGACAGACAGUCUCGAUGAGUUUGGAAAUCAAAUUGAAAUCAUAAGGAGAGAGUAUAGAUCGAUUUCAAGUCAACUACAACAAGAACGUGAUAAUUACAAACGAUUAAACAAUGAAAAGGAAGAUAAAGAAUUGAAAUUACUUACAACUAUCGAUGACCUUGAGCUUCAAUUGAAACAAGAGAAUAACAAUAAUUCGGAAUUAAAAUUAAAUAUAGAAUCAAAAGAAAAAGAUCAAUUAAGAAAAAAGAUUGAAAUAUUAAUGAAUGAAAAAUAUGAACAAGAGCAAAAGAUAUCGGAUCUAAGUGAAGUUGUUGUGAAUAAAAAUGAAACCAUUGAACAACUCACUCUGAAAUUGGUACAAUUAGUAGGAGAUGCAUCAAAUCCUUACAAUUCAAGCAUUACAAAUAAUAAUAUAAAUAAUAAUAAUACUACCAAUCCACCAUUACAACAACCGGUAUUAUUAAAUCAAGUAGCAUCUGUUAAUUAA